UUCAAGUCUAUGGUCUAGUUUUUUAGCACAAACACAAAUAACAAAAUUGUGUCCGGCUUGUUAAAAGAUAGGGAUAAAUUUUAUUCCUAUAUACUAGAAAAAUGUGAAAGUAAAUGGAUUUAAAAUGUCGAAGACACGAUUAAUUUUACAGCAAUACAAAAAAGAUGUAAUGAAUCUAGUUGAAUGUGCCAAAGAAAUCAAUUCAAGAAAUGAUCAGGAAAAAAUUUUUGCAGAAUGUUUUUAUUCAUUAAACAAGAAUGAACAGUUUUCUCCUUCAAGGAACAGUCUGACCACUUCGCUUUUGAGAAGAAUAUUAAAUUUAUAUGUAUUAUUAUUCAUUCUUGCCAUAUCUAUUUAUAUAUUACUGAAUGUUCAUCAGCCAACCUCUAGCUUAGUUCUUAGAAAUGUGCAAGGAUUUAUAUAUCCGGGACUGAAAUUUUUGAGAAUUUUAUCUGUACCUAUCAUCAAGAAGCUUCCUCUCUUAACAGGUUUAUAUGAUGAAAGUUGCCUUAUUGAGAACCCCUAUUUUUAUGUUCAUGAAAUGGAAUGCUGGCCCUGUUAUAAUGUUUAUUCUUUUAUUGAAAUAACCGGUACUCAAAAUCAAAGCACAUAUUCUUCUGGAAUACCACAUAUAACAAAAACUAGUCAUAAACCUGUACAUUUUGAUGACUUGAAAGAUAUAUAUGAUCAGAACAAAUAUUAUUUUCAUAAAGAAUCCGGCAGCAUUAGAUCAUCAUCAAACUCGGUUACUAACCUUGAGGAAUUGUUUAGUCAAAACGUAGAAGCAUUGAGCUCUUCUGAUAUACAUGUAUCAUGGAGGAUCAAUCGAAUGUUACCUGCUAGGAUUAUGCGAAGUGUUUUUCCAAAACCUGAAUCUCUAUCAGAAAGAUCUGGACAAAGUGUAGAAAGGUUUAUAUUCAUUGAUGGUGCCAAAGCUCAUCCUUAUAUGUUACCUGGUAUGGAAUGUAGUUAUAUCUCCGUAAGACAAGCAAUAGGUCAAAGGACCAUUGUUCUCAAGCCAUCUGCGGAGUGUAGUAAAAAGUGCCGAACCGUUUCUCUUGUACUCAACUCUUCUGUUAUAUUAUGGUAUAAUUGGUGGUACUGGCGACCAGUUAGUCUCCCAAUCGUAAAUGCCACAGAUUUAGCUAUUUCCUACAUCAGCUCAUACUGCUAAAACUUGCCACGCCAGUGAUUACCAGCUCAAACAUGAUUUAUAUGUAUAAAUCAAGUAUUAUUUAACUUGGACUAUAUUAUCUCACUUCAAGUUAUUGUACAAUUUACCAGUUACCUUCUAUUUUUAGCAAACAAAAAUUUUUUAUCAAUAAAUGAUUCAAUAACA